GUGUGUGUGUGUGAGAGAGAGAGAAUGAGCAAGAAAGCCAAUCCACACAAGUAAAGGAACCAAUGGAAGAGAAAGGAAAAUCUAAAAAGAAGGAAAUUAGGAAAAAAGUCCAUAACAAGGGUCUGAGGCUCUAAGCUACCACAGAAUCUUAACUCGGCAUUUCAGUGGCAGUAUUCAAGCUAAUGGAAAGUAGCAGCGGAAGCCAGGAAGGAAAGAAUUCCAAAACAAGUGAUGGCAGUAUUCAAGAAGUUAAUAGCACUGCACAGAACUUUGUUCAUUUCACGGAAGAAGAGGAAGAUCUUGUUUUCAGAAUGCAUAGGCUUGUUGGGAACAGGUGGGAACUUAUAGCUGGAAGAAUCCCCGGAAGAACAACAGAAGAAAUAGAGAAGUUCUGGGCAAUAAAGCAUCAAGACAAAUGAUGGCAAAAAGGAGGAUGCUUGCCCUAAAAGUAGCUUUAAUUUAUCGUGUGUGGAAAUUCUUGCGGAAAUUUUCAAAGGAUGUAUCCAAAAGUAAAUUGCUUUCCCCCAAGUAUGUAUACCAAAGCCUGAAGCAACAAAGAAGGAAAACUGAAUUAAAAAAUAUUAAUGUGUUUACUGCAUGCUAA